UUCUGCAUUACUGUAGUGCAGAAUUUAAGUCAUAGAUAACAGUUUUAAUUAUUCAUGUCCUAAAUUUGUGCAGCGCUGUGGGUAAACGUUUAGAAAGGGUCCCACGUGCGUGUUUAUACAGCGCAUGCUCGUCUCGGAGUUCACCGGAAGUCCGAAAAUUAUUAUUCAAUAUUCAUUUCUUGUUACACAUCUCGUUCAGUCAGCGCAGCAAGCUCCUUCAGCCUUUUUCUUGUGCACAAAGCAGCGAAAAGUUGACUGUAACGAAUUCGUCUUCGCAACCUUAUGAAAUAAUGCCAGGCUUUGAGCUGGAGCAGGUGGACGGUGGCAGUCCUAUAGAGCUGCCCUUUGGAGAAACUGUCCUGGGGAGAGGACCAUUUCUAGGAGUGAAUGAUAAGAGAGUGUCCAGAAACCACGGCGUCCUCGAGAACCUGAAUGGCCAGCUGCGUCUGAAGCCUACACACCUGAACCCAUGUUUUAUUCAGACGAACAUUGUGGCUGUGCCUCAGCCGCUGGAGAAGGACCAGUGGCAUUGCCUAAAGGAGGGCGACAUCUUCUCUCUCAUGCCUGGGAAAUACAUUUACAGAGUGCAUGUCAAAGAAGAUGGUCAAACCCUGAGAAACAGUCAGGCGUUUGAGGAGGAGAUGGAGGUGGAGAAGUGUUCGAGUGGACCAGCAGCACCCUCUGUAGACUCGGCCACACUUGAAGCCAACAGCUGCACGCCCACGAGCCCAAGCGCCACACUCACAGAAGAUAAAGGAGCCGGUUAUCCUUCACACACUCUUUCCUCUGCAAAUGAGCCAUCCACAAAGAGACAACAGGACGUGCCUGAUGUGCCACAGAAGAAGCGGAUCUUGCCGGACUGGAUGUUGACUUCAACCAAAGGUACUGUCCCCAUGGCAACAGAUCCAGUCUGGUGGGUGAUGGGGGGUGAUGCAAAACCCAAACAAGGAGCUACAUCCAAGAGGGCAACUGGACCCAAACGGGCUCGUGCCACACAGGUGUCAUCUGAGGAAGAGGAGGUGGAGGAAGAGAUGCCCGAAAGGAAAGCAAAGGGACUGAAGAGUGACUCUGAAGAUGAGUCUGGGCCUCAGGAUGAUGCAACCGCUCUCAAGAGCAGUAGAGUCGGAUCAGUCCCGGAUGAAGAGAACAGCAACGGUUUGAUGGAGUGUGAUGAUGGGGAGAGAAGAGGAGGUGGCAGGGGAGCCGAGGUCAGACAAGGAGCUCACGCUGAACACUCAAAGACACAAGAAGAAGAUGCCAGUGAUUCUCAGGUCAGCCAGGGACGCCAGCAGAGGUCAAAGGUCACGGAGAGCAAAACAAGCACCAGUAAGGUGAAAAAACAGCGACGGGCACCAUGUCCUUACGGCAGCUCCUGCUACAGGAAAAAUCCAGUCCACUUUCAGGAGUGCAGUCACCCUGGAGACAGCGACUAUGAGGAAGAGGAGGCAGAGGAUGCUGACGAUGACAGGCCUGAGUGUCCGUAUGGUACCCACUGCUACAGAAAGAAUCUACUUCACAAGAAAGAUUACAAACACACUAAAUCACCACCCAAGACUGCUGCUGCUGAUGAUGAGGGUGAGGAUGAUGAUCACUAUGAAAACAGUUUUAUUAAUGAUGAGAGCGAGGAGGAGGAGGAGGUGGAUGAAGACUCGGACUAUGUGCCCGAAUCAGACGACAGUGGCAAAGAGGACGUUAAACGUCUGCAGAAAGAAGCAAAAGCAUUCAUCAGGAGGAAGAAGUGACAUUAGUUUAGGG